CGGGAGGUCAGAAAUUCGUGCGGCAGGCGGCACCAACAGCUAGGGUAGGGGUCGGGGAGGGGUGAAGAUCAAGUCAGCAAAAGCAACGCGCAGCUGGAGCACGGUCCAAGGAUUGGUCAGGGUCGCAGGGGAAGCGGUCCUGCACCAUGACUCAGCCGCCACUUCGAGGUGUGACCAGCCUUCAUUUCAACCAAGACCAAAGCUGCUUUUGCUGUGCCAUGGAGACAGGCGUACGUAUCUAUAAUGUGGAGCCACUGAUGGAGAAGGGGCAUCUGGACCACGAGCAGGUAGGCAGCGUGGGCCUGGUAGAGAUGCUGCACCGAUCCAACCUGCUGGCCCUGGUAGGCGGUGGGAGCAGCCCCAAGUUCUCAGAGAUCUCCGUGCUCAUCUGGGACGACGCCCAAGAAGGCAAGGACUCCAAAGACAAACUGGUGCUGGAGUUUACUUUUACCAAGCCAGUGCUGGCUGUGCGCAUGCGCUAUGACAAGAUUGUGAUAGUGCUGAGGAACCGCAUCUAUGUGUACUCCUUCCCGGACAAUCCUCGAAAGCUGUUUGAGUUUGACACUCGGGACAACCCCAAGGGACUGUGCGACCUCUGCCCAAGCCUGGAGAAGCAACUGCUUGUGUUUCCUGGACACAAGUGUGGAAGUCUCCAACUUGUGGAUCUGGCAAGCACCAAGCCUGGUACUUCCUCAGCUCCAUUCACCAUUAAUGCACAUCAGAGUGAUGUGGCCUGUGUGUCCCUGAACCAGCCAGGCACUGUGGUGGCAUCGGCCUCCCAGAAGGGUACCCUUAUUCGUCUCUUUGACACCCAGUCCAAGGAAAAAUUGGUGGAGCUUCGAAGAGGCACUGACCCUGCCACCCUGUACUGCAUUAACUUCAGCCACGACUCCUCCUUCCUCUGUGCUUCCAGUGACAAGGGCACUGUCCAUAUCUUUGCUCUUAAAGACACCCGCCUCAACCGCCGCUCUGCGCUGGCUCGUGUGGGCAAGGUCGGGCCUAUGAUUGGGCAGUACGUGGAUUCCCAGUGGAGCCUGGCCAGCUUUACCGUGCCUGCCGAGUCAGCAUGCAUCUGCGCCUUUGGUCGGAACACUUCCAAGAAUGUCAACUCUGUAAUUGCCAUCUGCGUAGACGGGACCUUCCACAAAUACGUCUUCACGCCUGAUGGGAACUGCAACCGAGAGGCCUUUGACGUGUACCUUGAUAUAUGUGACGACGAUGACUUUUAAGAGCCCUGGCAGCUACACUAGAAACCUGCGGUAGCAGGCCAAUCUGAGUCUUGAGGGUGUUGAAGCAGCCAGCAAGUAUCAAGGAGGCUUCCCACUCUCCACUCAAGCACAGCUGUAUCUAAAUAAACAGCUCACUCCCCCGCCCAGCACUUUUUUGUGAGUGUACAGAAAGCCAAGGACAGAUUGCCUGGGCCACCCAGUCUGGAAAACACUCACAGGGACCCUAAGGGAUUGUUGUAAUUCAACCAGGGAAUUUAAAAAAAGGUUACCAGAAGAGAUAGCCUCUGUGAUGUAUAUCAAUAAAAGGCUUUUAAAUAGCA